UUUAGAAAAAAAUUGAAAAUGAGUGUAUUCAAAAUUGUUAUAGUUUUAUUAUUUGCGGUACUUUGGAACGAAAUUGAUUGCACAACUAGAAGGGGAAGAAAUUCGCGCACUCAAGGUGCUCAUCAACCAACUGAAGAAGCUCAGCCUUCAGGAGGAGACGAUGGAAAUACUCAGACAGCUAACCCAAAUCGUGUAACGAAUGCAAGGACUCAUUUAGGAAAUGUUGCUUUACUUGCCCGUCGACUAGCGGAAAUGAAUCAGAGAAAAGGAGGGCCACAGUAUGAUCAACAUCACAAUGCAGAGGAUGAGCAAACCCGCCAAAAUGAGCCUGGAGAGGUAAAUUUAUUAAAACAUACUGAAUAA